GUUACAUACGUAGAUAAUACAUAAACAUACGUUUUCCACUGGACUAGAUUAGUAAAAAAUUACAGAAAUGCCGGUUAAUGAAAUGGCCAUGUCAGAAGAUCGAUUGGGGAAGAAGUUAGACCAGUGUAUAUCCGACACAAUUGUAAAAGGAUGUGGCGGUCUUCUUAUUGGAUCAGUGGCUUCUCUAGUAUUUUUUAAACGACGCGUGUGGCCUGCAUUUGUCGGCACUGGAUUUGGCAUUGGUGUGGCUUAUAGCACAUGCGAAAAAAAUUUAAAUUCACUGAAAUAAAUGUUAUAGCCUUCACCUUAUGAAUAAAACAAGAUUAUUAAUUUAA